AGUUCUCCACUAAUGAACACAUUAUAAAACUGAGGGAAAUGGCAAUUUUUUUCCAAAGAGAAGACAGUUUACAGUUUAUAGAUAUCAGUUAACAAAAAGAUCACAACUCAGCCAACACAUCUCACCCUUUACAGCUUUUAUCAAUACAUUGAUCCCCACCUCCCCCAACCCCUUGGAGAGCCCUGAGAAAGAGACAGAACUGAGGCUAGUCCAUUACUGAUUGGUCUCAACAAGAUUAUCCCAGUCUCCUUUGUGCCUCACCUCCCAUGUCCCUCCCUGUUUACACCUCCAAUCCAAGCUGAAUCAAACCAAAAUAGAAGUUCUUGAUCUCACAGCUUCUUCACUUUACAUGACUUUCUAACAAUCAAGUGGAUACUAAGAAGCUUAACUGCCAGACUACACUAAUUACAUGAACCCAGUCUGCGUAAACUUGCAACCAUCUUUGAUUCCAAGAAAUGGCUCCUGGAGUUAGAUCGAAGGAGGCGAAGUUAAAACGACUGUCUGGGCAAACUCUCCGUUUGAGGAAAAAACGUUGGCUUUUCACUGGAUUGAGAGCAGAGAAAAACCUAAAUGGCUCCGUGCUGGUUUCAUCAGACAGGGAUUCCAAAAUGUACCCGACCAGCUCAAAAUCCGAGGACCGCAAAUCAUUUCUAGAUCCAGAAGAGACUGAAUUAGUGGAAGUCGAUCUGGACGAUCCUUGGGUAAGAAGGGAAGAUUAUAAGCCCAAGAGGGAUGCUCACGGACAAGAUCUUCAGCGAUGCUCACCCGAACGUGUUGAAGAAUCCCUUUCAUCCGAUAGAGUGCUCCUCACAGAGGACAAAGGACUGUAUCUUUCAGACGAUUCCCUAGUGGAGGUUAAAAGCUACAAAAGACGUUUCUAUAUCCUGAUGUUAUUCUCCAUGAUAAGUUUCAGCCAGUACUGCGCGUGGAACACAUAUGGACCUAUCGCUACAACGGCUAAAAUGGUUUUCAAUUGGACGAACACGGAAAUUGCCAUCUUGGCCAGCAUGGAUCCUAUCACUUAUUUAUGCACAAUGUUAUUAUUCUCUUGGUUGAUGGAUAAGAAAGGGCUUAGACGAAGUGUUCUUAUUUCUUGUGCGUUCAUGUUAGUUGGAACAGCCUUAAGAUGUGUGACGUCAAAACCGUCCUACGCCAUCUGGUCCAUGGGUGCGGGUCAACUUUUGAAUGGUUUGGCGGGUCCAGUUGCUCAAGCUGCGCCCACACUCCUAUCAUCAACUUGGUUUCCACCUGAGCAGCGGACUAGUUCAACUGCGGUCGCAGCGUUGUGUGGGUCGCUUGGUGUUGCCAUAUCUUUUGUCAUAGGCCCAUUAGUUGUCACAGAUGUCAAAUACGAACUUGAAAGGCUAAUACCUGACAGAGGCAACGUGUCGAAGAAUCUCAGUGAUACUCUAGAUUUGUACAUGGAUGAAAACACUUUAUAUUCAGAAUCCAUUUACCGAGAUGCUAUGUACUAUUGGCCUUUGGACAAUCUGAACAUCAGUGUUCAAAAUGUUCAAUCCCUCAGAAGAGAGAGGAAAGAAAAUAGCUCCAAUUUACGAAAUUCCGGCGAAUACUGGGGAGUUCAAAUCAACAAAGGACUCCGGGAAUUUAAAACGAACAAGGAGGGGUUUUUGUUCAAUGAGUGCAUCACAGAACAAGGUGUCGUCCAUCAGAGUUUAAUGACCGAUGGGAAAAGUGCUUGGGUAAACCUUGGUAGUUUUAUAAACACUUGUGUGAGUGACCCGUCCUUGUGCCCGGAUGGUUUCACCGUUGCCCUGUGGAUGAAAUACGAAGUCUUGAACAGAAAUGGUUUGCAAUAUUUUAUGGGAACCAGCGGAAACAGAGAUGGUCUCAGAGGAUUUCUGAUUUAUCAGGAUUUUCCUUACGACAGGGAAGACCACUUAGCCAUCAAAGUAGAAAACGGCACAGUGCUAUGGAAACGGAGCUUCUCCGUGCCACGUAGCAACUGGACGCACGUGACAUUCACGUGGGACGAGCGUGAAGGUCUGGUGAUAUACUCGAAUGGUUCUAAUGUGGGUGGCGACCCAAAGGGGAAAACCACUCAACUCGAGAGUGAUUAUUUCACGAUGUUCACACUCGGAAGACCAAAUAAUGACUUGACUUUUUCAAAAGCGGCGUAUGAUGAGUUGGCAGUGUGGGAACGAAAGCUUCAUCCCAGGGAAAUCGAAGCCAUCUAUCAACGAACAGUAGGCAUUGGAAUAACUCCUGAUUUAGAGGAAGCUAAACAACGACUAAUCAAGGACGGAAAAAAAGAAAUCAUGAUGUUACUAUAUGUUGAAUGUGGCGUGGUCCUGUUUCUUUCCCUGUUAGUCUGUAUGUACUUCCCAGACAAGCCUCCUCUACCGCCUAGUAAAUCAGCCAGGAGAAAGCGAGAGGACUUCUUUGCCGGCGCCAAACAGAUAUUUAAGAACAAGCAGUUCUGGACUCUUGCGCUGAUUUACGGAGUCACAACUGGUGUGUACAGUGGUUGGGGCGCCUCGUUAGCAGUUAACCUAGAGACCUUCUCCAUCGGACAGCACGAGGCAGGUUGGAUCGGUUUUUACGCUACAUUAGCUGGUAUCGGAGCAGGUUUAAUCCUGGCGAGGUGCGCAGAUCUGUUUGGCGGCAAAAUGAAACUUCUCCUGCUCGUUCUGUUCUUCGGAGCCUCGGGUUGUUUCCUGUGGUUCUCACUUCUUUGUCUGAGAAUGAUAGCAUAUGAUGACGCUGCCUUGUACAAGUCGAGUAUUUUAGGAGGAUUUUUCAUCAGUGGUACCAUUCCUCUGUUCUAUGAGCUGACAGUAGAGUCCACUUACCCAGUAGCUGAAGGAGUCACCACAGGAGCUCUAACUCUUAUUAACAACACCUUCACUGUUAUCUUCUUGCUCGUCUUGAUGGUGCCUAAAGUCGGAACCGAAUGGAUGAACUGGUGUAUGUUUGGAGCAUGCGCGGGCUGCAUUCCGAUACUACUGGGCUUCCACGAGAACUACCGAAGACUCGACAUAGAUAACGACAAAAAAACCUCAAAAGAACCCAAGAAAAAGAAAGAGGCCGACAAGAGCUUGAAAAGACCAACGUCCCCUUUUGGUUCAAUCAUCUCUUUUAAACAUCAUAAUGUCGACGAACUAGUUAAGAAACUAGAAAAUACCAGGGAAUCCAACAUAUAAUUUUUAUUUAUAUCUUAAAAUUAAUGUGAUUAUAUUUAUUAACAUUUUGACGAGCCAGCGAUCCAAAUCUGGUUUGUUCCAUUCUUAUUUGAAGUAGGUUAAUGAUUCAUUGCAGAGAUAAGAAGUUAAACUGCGUUUAAAGGUGCAGACUAGGUAACUUAGAGGCCUUGGCGUUAAAGACCCGCAUGCAAGACAACAACAAAAACAAAAACAGUUCAUAACAAGCAGGUUGAAAUAUGGCAGAGUUUACCCAUCUACGCUAACACGAACUAGUCAGGACAGAUAAAGCUUUUUUUUUUUUUUAAAUCUGAGUAAACACAAUACCAACCAAAAUACGAAGUUUGUAGUGCAAUAGAAAUCAACCCCCACUCAGGGUGGUAGAGACUACGCUGCACAUUCCCUAAACGUGCGGCAAGGCGCAUACCAAGGGAAUGAUAUCUUACAAAGAAAAACAAAAGCCCUACCUAUUUUAUUUCCUUUUUUUUAAUAAACAUCCGGGGCUUUCGUCGCGCUCACUACCAAGUCCCCUUGCUGUCUGCCAUACAGUUCUCGCGAUGCUAGUUUGGAGAAUUUGGUAUUGGAUCAACUAAAACCCUCUAUAUGGCU